UUCGACACCACAUCGGCCGACCCGACAGGCUCCCCGACAGGCUCCCCGACGACACUCUGGCGAAGGCAUCCCUCGCUCUUGACCCUCCAGCCACGAAAGAGAGAGAAGGAUACGAAAAAUAGCCACACGAACCAUGCUGCCCGUUCUGCGCUCGCUCCGAUCUGCGGCCUCGCCCCGACUCCUGGUCUCGAGAUACGCCUCGACCUCGGCAAAGGCCAGCGCUCCUCAUGCCACCAGUCCGCUGAAUGGCCACCACAAGGACGAACACCACGACGACCAUCACCACGAGCCCGAGGGAUACGAGCCUACCGGAUAUUUCCUUGGACGAGCUCCCAACGACCGCACUAGAUACGCUUGGGAGCCCGUCUGGUACUAUGGAUACUACGGCUCCAUCGUCGCCUUUGUCAUUGCCUACAUCUACAUGGACAAGCCCACUCUCCACGAGCAGUCGAAGCUUGAGGCUCACAAGCGCCUGGUUGAGCGCGGAGAGUCUCUGGACUGGCCCCUUCCUCCUUCAUAUGCCCUUGUCAAGAAAAGCGAAUAAUCGGGAACGACGUGGCUCGACUCGAUACCACAAUGCACCCGCCGGAGCCGGGGCUUGCCUUCUCGCUCAUCGGGAACGAAUGGGAGCGGAAGCGAGGCUGAGGCGAACGAACACAAAUAUACAGCAACAUAUGCGACCGA